AGUGGGAAGGAUAAAUUUUCAUCGCGCAAAAACGGGUUUCGCGCCGAAAGUGUGUAGUGUCUAUCGAAUGACCGUGAAAGAAAAAUAUGACGAGUCGAGAAGGAAUUACAUAAUUUGCGGUGCGCGCGCGUCCAUGCGACUUUCCGAUUGUUUCUGCAUAACUCUCGAACGCGGCUAUGCAUUCCGCGAAACUGCGCGAUUUCUCACACUACGCGGUCUGCUCGCUUUGAUCUUUUCAAAUUUUUGUUUCUCAAACGCGCGCGACUCGCUUCAUCGGUAGUGCGUUCAAACUUCGAGUUGGAAGCGUUUUUGCAAGGAUAAUAGACGCGAACGAUAAAAAUCCGAGCGAAGAACGACUCGAAGAGGAAAAUCGGUUGAACGAGCGGGAGCUCGCGCACGUGACAGCGAGGAAACCCAUCCAACCUGUGUCCAGGCUCGUCGGUAUGGAGGAAAAAUUUUCGGGCAUCAACGGGGAUGCGGAUCCCGCUUGCCGCAAUCAUGUUAACAAUAACAACAACAAAAACAGAUCACCGCUGACGUUAAACCCGAAUGGACUGUGGGAUGUGGUGCCACGGCUGGAUCACUACAGACUGAGCAGAAGAGCCAAGAGGCCGUCGCUCGGGGAGCUCCACGAGGGUAACGCGGUCAAGGACGUAAACGUAGAGGCGGGCCAAGUCGGACCGGCACACGAGGGAAUAAAGCUAGGAUGGAUUCAAGGAGUGCUCAUUCCGUGCCUCUUAAAUAUAUGGGGCGUUAUGCUGUUUCUUCGAUUAUCUUGGGUCGUCGCACAGGCUGGGAUCUUUCAAUCCCUCGUUAUUAUCGGAAUAUCGGCUAUCGUCUGCGUUAUCACUACACUCAGCCUCAGUGCAAUUAGCACUAAUGGCGAAGUAAAGGGAGGUGGCAUUUACUUUAUUAUAUCGCGCUCGUUGGGACCCGAGUUCGGUGCUUCGGUCGGGAUUGUUUUCGCAUUUGCGAACGCGGUCGCUGCCUCGAUGAACACCAUCGGUUUCUGCGACUCUCUCAAUGAUCUUUUCAAGUCCCAAGGAGUCUCGAUAAUCGACAACGGAGUUAACGACGUUAGAAUAGUCGGCGUCGUCGCUAUUCUCGUAAUGAUUCUCAUAUGCGCUAUUGGAAUGGAAUGGGAGUCGAAGGCUCAGAACUUUUUAAUCGCCAUCAUCGUUCUGGCGAUAUUCGAUUUUCUCAUUGGAGUAUUACUGGGACCGAAAAAUAUUGAACAGCUUUCGAAAGGGUUCGUCGGUUUCUCGGGUGAAAUAUUAAAGGAAAAUUGGAGCCCGGAUUAUCGCUACUACGACAACGGGAAUCAGACGUUUUUCUCCGUGUUUGCGAUAUUCUUUCCAUCGGUAACCGGAAUUCAAGCCGGUGCGAACAUUUCCGGUGAUUUGAAAGACCCGGCGAGCAGCAUCCCGGUCGGAACCCUUCUCGCUCUCCUCAUCUCUAUGCUGAGCUACGUUUUGUUCGUUCUCUUCGCCGGCGGAGCCGCCCUCAGAGACGUCAGCGGUAUCGUCGUCAACGUAAACGGCACCGAGCCCGUCAUCGCCAGUUGCAUCCCCGGGGCAAACUGCGAAUACGGCCUUCACAAUAGUUAUUCGAUAAUGCAGCUCAUGUCGUUCUGGAGCCCGUUCAUUUACGCGGGAUGCUUCGCGGCAACUUUGUCAACGGCUCUUACCAAUUUGCUGUCGGUCCCGAGGCUCAUUCAGGCUCUUGGACAAGAUCGCAUUUAUCCGGGUCUCAUUUAUUUCAGCAAGGGCUACGGCAAAAAUAACGAACCCUACAGAGGUUACGUACUCACUUUUUUCGUCGCUGCUGUUUUUCUACUAAUCGCAAAUUUGAACGUCGUCGCUCCGCUAAUCUCGAACUUCUAUCUCGCGUCGUACGCCCUCAUUAACUUUUGCACCUUUCACGCGGCCCUCGUCAGACCGCUCGGCUGGCGUCCGACUUUCAAGUAUUACAACACGUGGCUCUCGCUCUUGGGAUUCGUACUCUGUGUCGCCAUAAUGUUUCUCAUCGAUUGGGCCACGUCUCUCAUCACUUUCGUUGUAAUAUUCGCUCUCUAUCUGAUCGUCGUUUAUCGAAAACCCGACGUCAAUUGGGGCAGCAGUACUCAGGCGCAAACUUACAAAACUGCUCUGUCGGUCGUUUACAGACUAAACACGAUGGAUGAACACGUGAAAAAUUAUGCUCCACAAAUUUUGGCCCUGAGCGGGGCUCCGAGCGCGAGACCGGCGCUUCUUCAUCUCGCCAAUCUCAUAACGAAAAACAAUUCUCUAUUGAUAUCAGGGGACGUUCAUCCGACACGGUUGUCGUACCGAGAGCGAUCGGCGCGUUUGCGCUCCGGCUACGCCUGGCUCCACCGGCAUCGAAUAAAAGCGUUUUAUCACGUGGUCGGUGACCUGAGUCUGGAGCGGGGAGCUUCGGCGUUGAUGCAGGCUACGGGGGUUGGAAAAUUAGCUCCGAACGUUGUUUUGAUGGGAUACAAGAGCGAGUGGUCGAGCUGCAACAAUCGGAAGGAGCUUCAGGAGUAUUUCAACGUUUUGCACAACGCCUUCGAUCAGAAAUUGGCCGUAGCGAUAUUACGAACGCCCCAAGAAUUGAAUAGGACCGGAAGCGGAGCAAUCGUCGAGGAGGAACAAGGGAUCGCGGGUGCGGGAGUCCUCGCCCAAAGCAGUUACAAUCUCGCGGGCAAUACGCUCAUGCAUGCCGACAGUGAUCUAUCGAUGAGCACCGGAAUUCCAAGGGUUCAGAGCGUCCCGGCGAUAGGCACACAGUUCGUUUCCGGCGAAGCCGUCGAGGCGGUUCGCGACUCGCCGAAUCACUUCAGCGCGAGAGAUCGAUGGAAGAGCAAAAAGAAGCAUGCCGCCGAUAAAAUGAUCAACGAGAAGAGAAUUGGACUGCCGGGAUGCAGCGAAGUGCCCGAGUACGCGACGAUAUUCCAGAAAAAACACAAAAAUGGAACGAUCGAUGUGUGGUGGCUGUACGACGACGGGGGUCUGACAAUACUGCUGCCCUACAUAAUAAGUACAAGAACAAACUGGGAACACUGCAAAAUGCGGAUAUUUGCACUGGCUAAUCACAAACAAGAAAUGGUAGCCCAGGAAAAAGAAAUGGCCGAAAUAAUGGCCAAGUUUCGUAUAAAGUACACGAGCCUCAAGCUCGUCGACGACAUAAGCGUCGAACCCCGUCAGGAGACUCGAGAAUUUUUCGACAAACUCGUCACGGAGUUUGGGACCAAAGAGAGCAGCACCGAAGGGACUGCUGCGGCAGCACCGACGGAAGUACCCGCAGAAUGCACCAUCACCGAAACAGAGUUACAAUGCUUGCGCGAUAAAACUCACAGACAACUGAGACUUCGCGAAUUGCUUUUAGAAAACUCUAGUCAAUCUACUCUGGUUUUCAUGUCGUUACCGAUGCCGAGAAAGGGAGCAGUUUCGGCUCCUCUGUACAUGGCUUGGCUCGAAACUCUCACUCGCGACAUGCCACCUACCAUACUCGUCCGAGGCAAUCACACCUCGGUUCUCACCUUUUAUUCGUAGUUUACCGACCGAAGGAAACCAGUAUUUACGCCGCUUCUAUAUAUAUUUAUACAUAUUAGUGCGAUUAGGCUAAAAAAUAUUUCGCUCUGUCGGUUUUGUGACCGAUUAAUCCCUCCUCCUGCUGCUGCUGCUGCUGUACGAAAUAUAUUAUUUAUUUAUUGUGUAAACAA